GCCAGCGCUCCCCAGCCGGCGGAUGCAGACGCGGAGGCCGUGGAGCAGCCGCACAAGCGCCGCCGCAGCUUUGGCACGGAUGAGCAACAGCGGCAAGCCGCACGGCGGCGCCAGCGGCGGCAGGGCAUGGAACCUGAUCAGCGGCAGCAGCACCUCUCUGCGCACGCCGCGGCGGAGGCGGCGCGCGUGGCGGCAAUGACCGCUGAGCAGCGGCAGCAGCACCUAGCUGCACACGCCGCUGCGGAGGCAGCGCGCGUAGCGGCGAUGAUUACUGAGCAGCGGCAGCAGCACCUCGCUGCACACGCCGCCGCGGAGGCGGCACGGCGGGCGGGCAUGGACGAGGAGCAGCGGCAGCAGCACCUAGCUGCACACGCCGCUGCGGAGGCGGCGCGCGUGGCGGCAAUGACCGCUGAGCAGCGGCAGCAGCACCUCGCUGCACACGCCGCUGCGGAGGCGGCGCGCGUAGCGGCGAUGACUGCUGAGCAGCGGCAGCAGCACCUCGCUGCACACGCCGCGGCGGAGGCGGCGCGCGUGGCGGCAAUGACCGCUGAGCAGCGGCACCAGCACCUAGCUGCACACGCCGCUGCGGAGGCGGCGCGCGUGGCGGCAAUGACCGCUGAGCAGCGGCAGCAGCACCUCGCUGCACACGCCGCGGCGGAGGCGGCGCGCGUGGCGGCAAUGACCGCUGAGCAGCGGCAGCAGCACCUCGCUGCACACGCCGCUGCGGAGGCGGCGCGCGUGGCGGCGAUGGCUGCUGAGCAGCGGCAGCAGCACCUCGCUGCACACGCCGCUGCGGAGGCGGCGCGCGUGGCGGUGAUGGCUGCUGAGCAGCGGCAGCAGCACCUCGCUGCACACGCCGCCGCGGAGGCGGCACGGCGGGCGGGCAUGGACGAGGAGCAGCGUGCAGCGGAAACGGGCGCGCGGCAGCAACGACGGGCAAGACAACGCUUCACAGCCAGCACUGAGCGUGGCCCAGCAAUCCGGCGUAAGUUCGAGGAGGUGUGCAACCACGUCUGCGAAUGCUGUCGGCGCUGCUUCUACAGGGCCGGUGUCACGGUCACGGAGCACGAGGUUGCAUGCUCCACUCUCGCCCGGAUCCUGCGCGGCGGCGCCGCGGCCGGCACCGACCGCGACCGUGACGAGCUUGACGAGCUGGAGCGUGGCGUCGGCGCCUAUGCGGCAGACGGCGAUGCAGGCGGCGCCGCGGACGUGGCCGCAGCCGCGACCGAGGAUGGCGGCGGCGUGGGGCUGGAGGCGGGACUGGAGGCGGAGGAGGCUCAGCAGGCAGCGGAGCCAGUGCAGCAGCGGCCACGCCGGGCUGCAGCUGCUGCUGCCACCGAUGCUAUCCUUGGUGGCGCCCGUGGCCGUCGCGCCGCCCGCGGUCGUAGCCGGCGCCGUGGUCUACUCGGCCAGGCGGUAGCGGCGGACGGCGUGCCGGCGGCAGCAGAUGACGGCGGGCAGCCCACCAGCCGCAUGCUGUGCUGCACCUGCCUCGAGAAAAUAAUAAUAAUAAUACCUACGCACGGACCAAGGUCCCGCGUGCCUUAAGGAAGAGUCCCAUCGAGGCUAA